CCCGCAGCAGAUCCCCCGCUGCCACUUGGCAGCCCUAUCUUGGCCCGUCCCAGGAAGGGGAAGGCGAAGCUUCGCGAGAGGCGGCGCCGGGCCUUCCGUGUUCCUUGGCGGCGGGAUCCAAGGCCGGGAAGGAGUCUUUUGCGUCCGGAGGCCGCCGUCCUCGAAGCGCCUCGCGUGACCGGCCGCAGGAUGGACCUGAACGGGCUUCUUCUGGACGAGGAGGGCACUUUUUCCUUGGGCGGCUUCCAGGAGUUCACGUUUCUUCCCAGGCAUCAGCAGCUGAGUGAUCGGCUACGCAAGCGGCUUUACUAUGGUUGGGAUAAGGAAAGUGCCCUCGAUAAUCUCUCAAGUCCAGUUGCAGAUAUUGCUGUCGAAUUGCUCCAGAAAGCUGCGCCUAGUCCCAUUCGUAGGCUCCAGAAAAAAUAUGUAUCUCAUGUCUCCCGGGAGGCUUGCAUUUCUCCCUGCUCCAUGAUGUUGGCCCUGGUUUAUAUUGAGCGGCUUCGGCACCGUAAUCCUGAAUACCUGCAGCAGAUCUCAUCCUCUGACCUCUUCUUGAUCUCCAUGAUGGUUGCCAGCAAGUACCUGUAUGAUGAAGGGGAAGAGGAGGAGGUCUUCAACGAUGAGUGGAGUGCUGCAGGCAAGGUGGAAGUACAGACCAUGAACACACUGGAGAUGAAUUUCCUUCAUGCCAUCGACUGGAGCCUCUACACUGAUCCUAAGGAACUUUUUGAAGUGCUCAGCUGGCUGGAGGGGCGUGUGGCUGAGAAGCAGGGCAUCCAGCGUGGCUGGUUCACCUACACCGACCUGUGUGUCUUAAUGGAGCAAGCGCUGUGGCAGCAGGCGUGGGGUCAGUUCUACCAGCAGGUGGCCAAGCUGGCUUGCAUCCUCGGCAUGGUGUACCUGACAGGUAUUGCAGCUGUCCUUGCCUCGGCUGCUGUGGUGCACCACUCUGUACACGUGAAGAGGGCUGAUCCUUCUGAACUGGCAAACGGUAGACCUGCCCUGGCCCCUUACCUGCCUCUCCCAUCUUCAGUUCAGCGUCUGGAUUGCAACAUGGUGCUCCCUAAUGGCUCCCCGUGCCCCGGAACAGAGAAUAUGACCUUGCAUGGUGAACAGCAGCACGAAGGGAACAAUGGCGUCAUGGCUACAGCCCUCUACAUGUGGGGCAGUGUCCUCACUGCUCUGUCUUCCGCAUCACCCGCUCCCAUCCAUCGCUCGUUUUGUCCACACUGCGGUCAGCCCAGCCUCACUUGUGGGGCAGCCAAUCACACAGCUUCCAACAAGCCUUUUACUCAGCCAGCUCCUUCUGGACUUGCUGCUCACUGCACCAGCUGCACGUGCCGGGGCUGGCGUCUUCCCGUGUCCCACAGUUGCAAAGCUGCAGCAGUGCCCCUCGCAGGCUGCCUUGGAGCUCGGAAGGAUCAAGGCCUUUAUGUUCCCUAG